AUGGCUGCAGGCUUUGUCACCGUCCGCAAUGAUGCUUGGGAAACCUACCGGGACGACUUUGUGGUGCAGCUUCGUGGUCUUGCUGGAUUUGAAUUCUGGCAAGGUGUGCGCUCCAGGGAUGACUUCGAACAACUUUUCGCAGCCUUGGAAGCGAAACGGUCUCCUUUGCCUCGACGGCCGGACUUCAUCCAAAUGAGCCCUUGGAACUGGGCCUGCUACUUGCGCGAGACCCGCUCCGAGCUCCAAGCAUGCCUUGACGAAGCGCUCCGGGGCAACCUGAGCGAGGAGCACUGGAGAUGUUUUUUACUGCACCAAGCGCCAGUGGCAAGCAUCAGCGAGGAUCUAUGGGCGACCUCAUCACAUGCUGUGUUGGGAUUGCCCAUCAUGGGCAACAUCUUGGGUUUUUUGGAGGAACCAGCCGAUGUGGCCCGACUCUGCUAUUUCACAUCCAGAUGUCUUCGCCAGAGCAGCGCCCCUUUGUGUGGCCCACAGUGGGAACAGAUGUAUAUCGAUCGAUGGCCUGCGCUUUACCAGGCUCAGAAGUACUUGUCAGGCCUGAGCCAUUUGGAUGUGGAUUGGAAGUCCAUGUACCGACACACCUUGGCAGGCCAGUUUGAGGCCUUGCUCGAGGUCUACGAUCGGGAGAAGAAGUUAGGCUUCGCCAUGUCUUGCAUGUUGGCGAAGGUCACCUGGGAUGCGCAGAUCAAUUGCUACAUCGCCAGUUAUGUCAGCGCCAGCCAGGUGGUGCCGGAGCGUAUCCCCUACCACGAGGGCUACCGGCUCCGCUUCUGCCCCCCAAGCGCCCGGGAGCUGCUGAAGCCCGAGCUCGUGCCGCCCCAGGCCUCGGAGCUGUACGCUUAUCGAGUCGCGGAGGGGAUUCCGAACCUGCAGCCCGGACAGGGUGUCGAGUUGCAGUGGAAGAUGCAGCAAGGAAGUCCGUUUGGUUGGUGGUUUGGCACCGUCGAGGCCCUUGAGCGCGACGCAGGUGGCUCCCGGGCACGUGUCACGAUGAUCUUCGACCACUUCCCGAGCACGUCGCGGUGGCGCCGCCUGCAGAUCGUGGUCGGCGACGGCGUGGUGCGCCAGUGCGCCAUCGGAGGAUGGCACGGGGGCGUGCGCGCGGUGACGGAGGCAGAGAAGCGGGAGUGGGCCAAGUUCUUCCCCAAGGAGCCAGUGAUUUUCUGA